AUGGAGAAACCCGAUAGCUCGCGUGCUCGUCGUAGCAUUCUGACUUUGUUUGUGGUUCUCAUCCUGGCGAUUUUUGUCGUCCUUGUUACGGUUGUUAUUGCGACUCUGUACCGCGUUACGCUAUUGCAGUCUGAGAGAGUUCAAUCGCUAGAAGCAGUUAUUGUCAAACUGACUACUCGUAUCCACAAGUUGGAGGCAAGUUUCGCCGCCCGGAAGAUAGAUGACAAAUUUUUGGGCGAAACUAACGCGGAGACAGAGGAAAAGACGGAGAAGGAGAAACGUCCGGGUAAUAAGGUCUGUUUGAAUCUUACGAAGUACUUUGUAGCUCGUUGUCCAAAUUUAUGCAUAUCCAAUUGUGUGGGUGAACAUAAGUUGUUUAAACGUUCUAAUCCGCGUCGUUGUUUCCUUUGCAGCAAAUGAGCUCCCAUCUUCCUCAAACUAGAGGCAGACGACAAUUUUACGGUUAUAAAGUUGAAAACGGCGGUAGGUGUCGAAGAUACUCGCAUAAUUAUGCUUAGCGUUAGUCGUUCAUUGUUUUUUACACUGUGUAAUGAAUGUUGAAAGCCAUAUUACAUUCGACUAUGAAUAAACAUUGCACACUAAACUGCACCGGACUCAAAAUGAUUACUUACGCAAAGUAAAACAAAAAGAUUUCUGAGAUGCUUGUCACUGAAAAACGACCAGAAACGAUUUAUGAACAAAAAGGGCAUCAUGUUUUAAGACAAAAUUAACAAACAAAAUUAGAAGAGGAACCGACUGCCAUGAAAUCGAAAAAAAAAAUGAUAAUAAUAAAGCAGAGCUUAUUCACUCCUUUGAGAACAACACUGGGAGGUAAAAGUCUUGAAAAUAUCUUUUGUCAUGUUAAUCAUCAAAUCUGGGCUGAUAUCAAUUCAUUGAACUUUGCCCAGCUUCACUUCCGCAUGUUUUCUUCACUGAUUGGUUUUUCCAUGUAAGUUUUGCAUCAGAUGAUUAUCCUUUUGGCUAUACAAUGACUUCGUCUCAAUUUUUUGCGUUAGUUCUUAAUCUUCCUCAUUCAUUUAUAAUAAAACAAAAUCAGCAAGCCUAAUACUGCGGAGAUGCUUUCAUUCUAAGUUGACUUAUCGGCCAACAGUUGGAAAAGCAAUACGGGAGACAAAAGGAAGAGAUGUCGAAUCCGAUCAAAGAAAGUCUAAUUGAGCUGAAAAUUUUAGAGGACCAACGCGGCUCAGUAUCAUCGUAGUUAUUUAACCGAUUCAUUUUACUGUUCUGAGUGUGAAAUUUCCGUGCAGUUAAAGUGGACUUGCUCUGAAAAACUUGGGAUACGUGACAUAAACGAAAACACGCCAAACGAAAUUUGGCGAUCAUUUACAAACAAAAAUGAAUAUAAGUCCUUUUAUCAUGUUUAAAUUUUCAAAACUUUAAGGUAAACUCAAUCGCAGAGGUUGAUUUCACUUGAUGAGCCUAAAUCUGUCGCUUGGUUUUUUUUCCUCAGGUAUUAAAUGUAAAAAAGGUAAGUGUGCAACGUUAUUGAUCUAUCGAUGUUCAUUGGUCUUACGACACACGAAAUCAUACCCUAUUCAUGUGCUAUAAAACUAUGAUUGAAAAAUUAUUUUGUCUUCUUUAUAGGCUGCAAAGGCAAGAAAGGUAAGCUGCCACUAUGUCAUUUUACGUUUAAUUAAAAUACUCAACUAGUCUUGUGCAAAAAACGUUUGGUUUGGUGUGUCGUACUUUGUUUAGAGAUGUUUUUUAGUCCACAUUCAUCAAGUAGUCGGUGAACAUCGUCAAAAGUAACUUUUCCCGUAACGAUCUAAAUCACUUACCCUCCAUGGGUUAUUUAUCCGACACCAAAUGGAGGUAAAACCUGAAUACAAUUAGGAACAUUUACAUCCAAAUACCACGAUUAGGCAAAAACCUGAUUUACGUAUUAUCCUUUUAGGAGAAAAGGGCGACCCGGGCCCUCCCGGACCGACUGGGACGAAUGGAACCAAUGGCGGAACAGGUUAUUUUAUCUCUUGUUCUACCGUUAAAACCUCAAAUUCGUUUCAUCAACUUUUUUCUUGUGCCUCUGACAUUAUCAUAAUUAUUCACAAAUUUUUAUUUCUUUUAAAAUGGUUCUUCGUAAUUAACAUAGUAGGUUUCUAAAAUUGGUGUUGUUCCACUCACCUAAUGAAACAAAAAUCCGGAGUCAUCUUUAAAAGCCUUGACACUAUGCACGUGCUACAAACAAAAACAAAAUUGAGUCAGUUACCUUUUUUUUUUUUCGGGCAGGUCCCCAGGGCCCACGCGGAGCAAACGGUCUUAAGGGUGACAUGGGACCUAAAGGAGAGCAAGGUCCCCCAGGUAUGUUUGGAUUCAGCUGCGUAUCCAGUGUUUAGAACUGUUUUUCGCCCAUUCUGAAAGUUACCUCGAGUACUACCUUGAUGAAAUUGAUAUUUUGCCAGUUUACUCCAUCUCUUGUCUCACUAUCCGUGCGAAAUCUGGGAUGAAGUUUCGGGAAAUAGACGAGUCACAUCUCACAUCAUUGGAUUCAAUUCAUUAAUAAGUGAUUAUAGCAAUGGUGAGAAAAUGAUGAAUUUUUACGCAGCAAAGAAUACAAACAGAUAGGAAAAAAUGCCUUUGGAGACACGAUAUUUGGCACCAUAAAAUAAAAUAGACUGAAAUGAAUCUGUAUCAUCUUUCCUUAGGACCUCCCGGCCCACCCGGAGUAAUGGUAAGUGUGCAAACUAGUUACCAGGUUCCGUCUUCUUCCCGCUUCCUGGAGGAAGAGAGGGGGAAGGAAAAGAGAGACCCUGGGAGCUAGGUUGGCAAGCGAGACGGCUUUUUUGCUUUGUAGCCUCGCUUCCAGGGAUUGUAAAUACUGGAAGAUGAUGCUCUACAAAUGCUCUGGGUAAUCUGCUUUUCCCUCGUCCUACAAUUUCGACAAGUAUAACAAAAGCAUAAACUGUAGCUUCCUUUCUACCUAUGAAGUUAAUAAGGAGAGAAUAGGCUCAUAUCCUUACAGAUACUUGCAUUCGUGAUAAAAAACCAACGAUGAUCAAUAAAUGAUAAGCAUGUAUGUCUUGACAGUGACAGUGGAUCAAUACUUGAAUCAUUUACUUUCUUAAUUUAAGGCAGGAGAAAGCAUCCACCUGGUUGGAAGUGGCGGUAGGAUAAAAGCUAGUAAGUCUUAAUCAAUUGAAAAUACAACUCGAAUUUUUUUAUAGAAUUUAAAAAUAAAUUCUUGUGCAGUAAUACAAGAAAAUGCAUUUCCAGCCGGAACUGCUGCAAUGUUCCUACCCUUUAUUUCAAUUAUCGGCAUGUUUCAGCGACCAAAAAAUACAUAUGUAUACAUAUUACUUGGUCGCACCAUGGUCGUUUACCCCGGGACUUAGAAAACCACGAACACUUUGAUUUUAGGCUGAAAGGUCAGUCUUAAACUGACCAAGAACAAUAAAAUUUGGAGAGACGCAAGCAAACUUUAAAAUAGCACGUUAAUUUACCGUUGCUGUUUGCCUGUUAGGGUUUCUCCUCGGAAAACAGUAGCAUUCCAUGUGUAUUUGUGGUGUUCAGAGUUUUACGAAUUUCAUAGUAACAUUCAGUCCUCUUCUUCCUUUUUAAGAAAAUCACAUCAUUACCAAGUGGAAAUUGAGCCACACGUUUGGCAGUAUCGUGUACCAUGAGUCAACGGGAACCGUGGAAAUUAAGAAAGAAGGUUACUACUUCAUAUACAGUCAAAUGUUUUAUUAUGAUGGCUCUACAAUCCAGAUGGCCCACUCAACUUUCAUCAACGACCGAAAAGUCUUGAGCAGCAUGGCGAGUGUCAUUAACGAAACGAAAAAAUACAACACGAAGUUUCACGGCGGAGUGUUCCUGCUUCGACUCAACGAUACUAUCUCCGUUCGUGUGCCGUACACUAGCCACUAUUACAUGAGAGAGAGAGAAAGUUUCUUUGGGGCAUUUAUGCUCCACCAUGGUUAAAACUAAGGGGGUGGGGAAGGGAAGGGUGUUUGUCCCUCAAUCUACUCUAACUACGCUUUUACAUCG